AGCCAACAUGGAGCCUGUCGGGCUUGCGGGGCGUUGCUGAGGGAGAGCCGGGCCGCAGCGGGGCCGCGCCGCCGCCAUGUCGCUGGGCGAGUACGAGCGGCACUGCGACUCCAUCAGCUCCGACUUCGGCAGCGAGUCCUCGGGCCGAGGCGGCUCCCGCGGCAGCGGCAGCCUGCCUGGCGAGCAGGAGGAGCUGCACUACAUCCCCAUCCGCACUCUGGGCCGCGGCGCCUUCGGCGAGGCCACCCUCUACCGCCGCACCGAGUCACAGAGGACAUGGGGACAUCUCAUACAGGAUGACUCACUUGUGGUGUGGAAGGAGGUGGACCUGACUCGGCUGUCAGAAAAGGAGCGUCGUGAUGCUUUGAACGAAAUCGUUAUCCUUGCCCUGCUGCAGCACGAGAACAUCAUCGCCUACUACAACCACUUCAUGGAUAACACCACGCUGCUGAUUGAGCUGGAGUACUGUAAUGGAGGGAACCUCUACGAUAAGAUUCUGCGGCAAAAAGACAAGUUGUUUGAAGAAGAGAUGGUGGUUUGGUAUCUCUUUCAAAUUGCAUCAGCUGUGAGCUGCAUUCAUCGAGCAGGAAUUCUUCACAGAGAUAUAAAGACAUUAAAUAUCUUUCUAACCAAGGCAAACCUGAUUAAGUUGGGAGACUAUGGGUUGGCAAAGAAGCUGAACUCUGAGUACUCUAUGGCUGAGACUCUGGUGGGAACUCCAUAUUACAUGUCCCCAGAACUCUGCCAGGGUGUGAAAUACAACUUCAAAUCAGAUAUUUGGGCUGUGGGCUGUGUCAUCUUUGAGCUGCUUACUCUGAAGAGGACCUUUGAUGCUACUAAUCCCCUGAACCUUUGUGUGAAGAUUGUACAGGGAAAUCGUGCCAUGGAGGUUGAUUCCACUGUCUACUCCCGGGAACUGAUCCAGAUGGUGAAUUCCUGCCUUGAUCAGGAUCCAGAGAAGAGACCCACUGCAGAUGAGCUGCUUGAACAUCCGCUGCUCAGCAAACGCAGGAGGGAGAUGGAAGAGAAAGUUACACUGCUUAAUGGGCCAAAUAAGCGACCAAGGUCAAGUACCAUGAAUGAGGCUCCCAUUGCAGUGGUGACUUCACGCACUAGUGAGGUGUAUGUCUGGGGGGGUGGCAAGUCCACCCCCCAGAAGCUGGAUGCCAUCAAAAGUGGCUGCAGUGCACGCCAGGUGUGUGCUGGUAACACUCACUUUGCUGUGGUGACAGUGGAGAAGGAGCUCUACACCUGGGUGAACAUGCAGGGGGGUACCAAGCUGCACGGGCAGCUGGGACAUGGAGACAGAGCCUCCUACCGGCAGCCAAAGCAUGUUGAGAAGCUUCAGGGAAAAGCCAUUCGCCAGGUGUCCUGUGGAGAUGACUUCACAGUGUGCAUUACAGAUGAGGGCCAGGUGUAUGCCUUUGGCUCGGACUAUUAUGGAUGCAUUGGUGUUGACAAGGCUUAUGGCUCUGAAGUACUUGAGCCUCUGCAGCUGGAUUUCUUCCUUACCAACCCUGUGGAGCAGGUGUCAUGUGGAGACAACCAUGUGGCAGUGCUGACCAGGAACAGAGAAGUUUACACAUGGGGCUGUGGAGAGUAUGGGCGCUUGGGCUUGGAUUCUGAAGAAGAUCACUAUACCCCUCAGAAGGUGGAUGUUCCAAAGACCUUAACCAUUGUGUCUGUUUACUGUGGCUGUGAUGGAACUUUCCUGCUCACCCAGACAGGCAAAGUUUUGGCAUGUGGACUCAACGAGUUCAACAAGCUGGGCCUGAAUCAGUGCACCUCAGGGAUAAUCAACCACGAUACGUACUGUGAGGUGCCAUACGCCACUUCCCUUACUUUGGCCAAGCAACUGUCCUUCUACAAGAUCCGCACCAUUUCUCCAGGGAAGACACACACAGCUUCCAUUGAUGAGCGAGGCCGCCUGCUGACCUUCGGCUCCAACAAGUGCGGACAGCUUGGUGUUGGGGACUAUAAGAAGCACCUGGGAAUUAACCUGCUGGGAGGCCCCUUGGGGGGUAAGCAGGUGAUCAGGGUUUCAUGUGGAGAUGAAUUCACCAUAGCUGCUACUGACGACAACCAUAUCUUUGCCUGGGGCAACGGUGGGAAUGGGCGUCUGGCCAUGACAUCGACGGAGAGAGCUCACGGCUCAGAUAUUUGUACCUCGUGGCCUCGGCCAAUAUUUGGGUCAUUGCAUCAUGUGCCAGACCUGUCGUGCCGUGGCUGGCACACCAUCAUCAUUGUUGAAAAGGUAUUGAACUCUAAAACAAUCCGUUCCAACAGCAGUGGCCUGUCCAUUGGUACUGUGGCUCAGAGCUCCACAACUGGAGGAGGAGAGGAAGAGGAUAAUGAACAGGAAGCGGAGACCUCCAAUCCCAGUGGAGGCUUCCGGGGAACCAUGGAAGCAGAUCGUGAGUUGGGAGGCUGGAUCAGCACCACAGAGGCUAAGGGAGGCAACAGUGCUGACAGCAGCUCCUGCCCUGGCUGGCUGCGGAAGGAGCUGGAGAAUGCUGAAUUCAUCCCCAUGCCUGACAGCCCUUUUCCUCUGAGCAUGGCAUCUUCAGAGCCCGAAAAAGAGACUCUUCCUUACCAGAAACUUCAAGGACUCAAAGUCGCCUCUGAGGAACCUGUUGCAUUAAACAAGUCCAAAACAGAGCCCUGGCCUGCUUGCCUGAGUCCAGCUGUGCCAUGCAGUGAAGGGAAGGCUGCAUCUCCUGUGGCAGGCUGCAUGUGCAGUGCUCUCCAGCUGGAGGUGACACACCUCCGAGGCCUGGUUUUACAGUGUCUGGAGGAUCAGAAGAGGCUGCAGCAGGAAACCGUUCGUCUGAGUGCCCAACUCCAGCGAUUCUGCAGCGGGACAGAGGGAAUGCAGCAGGUUCAUUCCAAAGGAACGCAGACAGCCAAAGAGGAGAUGGAAGUGGAUCCGAAGCCCGACUUGGAUUCAGAUUCCUGGUGUCUCCUGGGAACGGACUCGUGCCGCUCCAGCCUCUAGUCUCCUGAGCCCACCGGGAUCCAUCUAACUUCACAGCACACUAACCGAAUGCAGAGAGCAGCUUCCUGGCUUCAGGGCACUCGCAGACAAGGAGCGAGGCCGGAGGCUCCGGAGCAGCACCCAUGGACGUUUGAUAUGAACUAGGAGUGAGUUUGAGAGGGAAAGGGCCCCUGAGCUCUAGGCCAGCUCAGUGGUUGAAGCAGCAGCAGCUCCUCUUUGUACCUUAUCUGUCAGUUCUGCACCUGAGGCAGAAUGGCCCCAUUAGGGCGAUGGCUCCAGUAGCUGCUUGUGGCCCUUUCAUUGUUUCACUGCUUCUUAGGAGCUGCCUCUGGGACCUCAGUAUUCAUCACUGCAUCUCUGGAUGAGAGGAGGAGACGUGUUUUGUACUAAAGCUGGCUGAACCUUAAGACUCACCACCUUUACUUCAGAGGGCUGAAGGACUAGGAUCCUCUCCCUAGCACAUGGUAAGGCCCCGCAGGUGAGGCUGCUCCCCUCUGCUCAGGGGCAGAGAGAGCAGAUAGUGUCUCAUUCUGGAGGCAGUGGAGAUCUUCCUGUUAGGGAGACAGUGGUAGACAGCAUGUCCCUGGCCUUGGGGCACAGCUUCUGGCCCUGUGGCUGUGUCCAGUGGUCUGUAUAGACAGAGUUUAUAGGCUUUAUUCUGGGUGCCUAGAGCUUUCCAACUUUCAGGCAAUGCACCAACAUGAGUGAAUGAGGUGUCAUUUCCAGCAGUGGUAGUGGGGACUGUUUGAGAUGGGAUCUCUGGUUCUCAGUUUCAGACACCUACUUCCUACCAGAUGACAAGCAUCUGGGCCUCAGACUAAGUCACACAUUUCUUGCUCCAGCUGCUCAACUUGUUUGCCAGAGCUUCCAGCUUCCUGGCACAAGCCUGUAGCUGCUCCCUGCUUGGCUUCUGUUCCGCUCAGCCCCUGAUGCCCACGCUGUGUGGGUGUGGGAAUAAUCAGUGUUUUUCCACUCAGUGUUUUGAUGAAGCUGGGAUGCAUUUUCCUACCCAGAAUAGGUCAUUAGUGCUGUGGUCACAGGAUGCAGCCUUCCCCUAUGACUAUGAAUAAGAAGUCUCUAUCUGGAAUUUACCUUCUUUCUAGAAGUGAGAGGCUUUCCCAAGAAAAUUGGAGAUGGGAAGAGGCAUGGCCUGAUGCUCGAAAUUUCCUCAUUUCCUGUUACAGAAUGAGGUUAAUUUUAUUCCCCUUAAAUUUAUUAGCAAAGCGACUUUGAACUAAGCUUUUGGGAUUGCUAGGAUCCCUGGGAGCAGCUUAGCCUCCUCUGCCUUACAUGAAGCCUCUAAGGAGUCCU